AUGUUAAAUUUUAGAUCGAUUAAACAACAAUGCACUAAAACACUAGUAAUUGAAUUUAGUAUUAGUAUUAUUCUUUUUGUUGGAGGAAUUCUUCUAAAAUCUUUACCAUCAUAUCAGAUGGAUAUUCCUCUUGAGAGAAAGAAUUUUAAUGCAACUUAUCCAUUAGUUUCUGAAACAUUUCCCUUUUUGUUUUGUUGUACUUUUUCAUGGUGUGUUCCAGUGAUUGUUAUUUUCUAUUUUGCACAGAAAAGAAAUUCAGCAAAGUAUUUCAUAACAUCAAUAACUUCUUUCUUCUUUGCAGUCUCAUUAUGUUUAUUCUUGACAAAUUCUUUCAAACUGUUUGCAGGAAAACCUCGUCCUAAUUACUAUUCACUUAUUGAUAAUAAAAAAGCAUCAAAAGUAUAUCAGUCAUUCCCAAGUGGACAUUCUUCUACAACAUUCAAUGGAAUGAUGUUUCUCACAUUAUUAUUAUGUGGAGAAUACAAAAUAUUUAAUGGAGAAGGUUCAAUCUUGAAAUUAAUUGGAUGUUGUCUUCCUUUGUUAUUUGGAUGUAUAGUUGCUAUUUCUAGAGUAAGAGAUUAUUUCCAUGGAUAUGACGAUAUUAUAGCAGGUUCUUUACUGGGGUGUGUUACUGCAUUAUUGUGUUAUGUAUUAAAAUUUAAGGUGUUAUGUUCAAGGAAUAGUGGUGAAAUAGAAACUGAAGAAUAUAGAGAAUUUGAUGAUAAUUAUAUCGUUUAG